UUUGUCCGACUGAGUCACUCUCUAAGUCUCACUCCACCUCAUUCAUUGCGAAGACACCAAAAAAUCCCACACUCACACUUAUUCUUACAACGCGAAAGCGAUGAACCCGUCGCCCUUUAAUGCCGACUGCCUCAAGGGUCAGGUAGCUUUGGUCACUGGCGGUGGCAGUGGUAUCUGCUUUGAGAUCUGUAACCAGCUCCUUCAGCAUGGAGCUGCUGGAGCGGUGAUUUGUGGUCGCCGCGAAAGCUUUCUCGAGCGUUCCUCGAAGCUUCUCACGAAACAAUCAGGAUCUCGUUGCCUCUACAAAGUUUGUGACGUUAGAGAUCCAAAACAGUGCCUAGAGGCUGUUGACUACUGUGUAGAACAGUUUGGAAAAUUGGAUAUCUUGGUGAAUGGAGCUGCAGGCAAUUUCUUGGCAGAAGCAUCCACGUUGAGCCCCAAAGGAUUUGCCACCGUAAUGGCGAUUGAUGCUCAGGGAACUUUCAACAUGUGUUCGGCUGCCUUUUCGGCAUUGCAGAAGCCCAAACAAAAUGGGAAUGGCAACUCCGGUGUCAUUAUCAAUAUUUCAGCAACCCUUCAAUAUGGUGCAACCUGGUGGCAAAGCCAUCCUUCGGCUGCCAAAGCUGCAGUCGAUUCGCUCACCAGGAGUUUGGCUUUAGAAUGGGGUCCUGAUAAGAUUAGAGUCGUAGGCAUUGCGCCUGGAGCGACCGCAGAUACACCGGGGACAACAAAGCUGGCGCCUGGGUUGGAUUCACAAAGUAUGGAGGAGCUGGUUGUGGAGGGAAUACCCCUAGGUCGCAUGGGCAGCGCCCAAGAAAUGGGCCUCGCAGCUGUCUUCCUUUGCACUUCUCAGUAUGUCACCGGCCAUGUGUUGGUAGUGGACGGAGGGGAGUGGCUGUAUCGUCCUCAGCUAAUCCCUAAAGACGUGGUCGCAGAGCUCUCCAGAAAAGUUGAGGCCAAGAGCCGUGCACAUGCGCCCAAAGCUAUGCUAUGAGCUUUUAAAAGAAGUGCAGAGUGGAAAGGUGUAGCAAGAACAAUUUACACCCGCUAAAACUGUAUAAUAGCUCAUGAAUCGUCUUG